UUCAAGUUUUAGAAGCAACUCAUUACUGACUUUCUUAAAAGAAUGUCCGUCCGCACAACUUCCACUGUUCCUACCUUAACUACUAUGUUAUAUAGAUAUGUUAUCCAGUGUCACAGGAAAGCAAGAAGAUUCCCAGCUUUGUUAUUAUUCACAAAUAACAACGGAAAGAAAUGCUGGUCUUCGUUUGUUAAAAAGUGGAACACAUGUGAAGCAUUGACAUUGCGUGUGUCCCUGGCGACUCCUCCAGCAUUAAUCGAAACGGGUAUAAUUCAAAAGAAAUUACUCAGCAACCAAACACCCAUCAAUUACGACACACAAUGCUGGAAAUGUCAUAAAACUAGAAGUCCGAACAAAGAUAUUUUCUUCUGCUUUUGUGGUGCUAUUCUUUCGCCUUCUAAGAACCUCACAUAUUUUAAAUUACUAGGACUCGAGGAAGGUUUUGAAAUCGAUAGUGACAUACUGACACGACGAUAUAAAGAUUUGCAAAGAAUCCUUCACCCUGACAAGUUCAGUCAAAAAUCAGAGAUGGAAAGAACAUUUUCAGCUGAACAGUCUUCCCUGGUCAAUCUUGCAUAUACCACUUUGCUCAAGCCAUUAUCUCGUGGUCAGUAUUUGUUGGACAUAAAUGGGUGUUCUCUAGAUGAAACCACACAAUGUGAUGACUUUGAUUUCUUAUCCAAUAUCAUGAGAACCAAUGAAGAUUUGGAGAAUGUAAUUAAUGUUGAAGAACUUCGGAUUAUCGAAGACCUUAAUAUACGGAAUUUGAACCAGUGCUAUGAGAUUUUAUCUGAAGCAUUCCGUCAAAAGGACUUAGUUGGUGCCAAAGAGGUUCUGAUGAAGUUGAAAUAUUUCGUAAACAUAGAUGAUAAAAUUAAAGAAAUGGAACUGUAUGAAAGCUUAUGAUGAACAGCUUCAAAUAGAAUUUCUCUUUCAAAAAAUGUUACAUAGUCUUCACAGGAACAUCCAUAAUUUCAGUUACCACUUCAAGAUGUUUAUUCAGAAUAGUGCUGUUUUGAAAGCUAACUUACCUUCUCAUUGUAGGAGAUAUAUAAAGUGGUGUUCCAAUAAUCAUGUAAUCUAUCAUUCUAAAUAUUAC